AUGACAACACCACAACCACCACCACCAAUCGCUAUCCUCGAUGACUCUAUCGUUGGUAUACCUAAGGCUCACCAUCAGGCCAUCGCCAUGCCACCGCUUUCCACUCCACUCAUGCCCGUGCAGGCUACGCUUGACGAUGACAUGAGUUUCAACCAGCAACGACCUGGUUUCCAUCAUUCCAACCACAGCAAUACUUUCCACCAUUCGAACGAGCAACACGAGGCUCGCCAAACUCAGUAUUACGGCGCUGCCGAAGGCGAUGAGUCUGGAGACCUUUGUCCUCUGAUGCUUCAAGUUGUGCUGGAUCUGUUUGACGGAGUUGACUACGAAGACCCCUGA